AUGCCUACCUACGAGCUUCGAUCUGGAGGGGACGUGAAGAACAAGAAGCAGAGUGUGGCCGAUCUGAAGUACCGACGGCUGACAGAGCUCAAUGCCCGUCUAAAGGAGGACCUCGAUCGCCCCCGAGUUAAGGUGUCAGAAGCUGCCAUGUCGCUUAUCAACUACUGCAACAACACUCGUGACUUUAUGGUACCAUCGGUAUGGGGACAAGUUGACAAGCGUGAAGACCCGUACGCUCCUCAACAGCAGGGAGGUUGCUGUACGAUCAUGUAA